CCUGGCUGAGGCGAGACUUGUUUUUCUCCCGCUCGAAUAGCAAAUUGCCUCAGAAAGGUUUUCUGGCGGCGACGACGACGAAGCAGCAAAGUUCUCAGUCUGAAGACAUCUAAUCUAAAUAUGGUACCUUCUGUAAGAAAGCAUUCUGGGAAAUCUGGGAAACAAUCAGUGGAGGAUCAGCUUGUAAGAGCCUUUGACUUUGAGAAAGAAGAUAAAGAUCUGAGUGGUUCAGAGGAGGAUGUUGCUGAAGGAAAGACCCCAGCAAUUGAUAAGCAUGGGAAGAAAAGGCCUUCUGCAGGAAUAGUUGAAGAUAUGGGGGGUGAAGUACAGAACAUGCUGGAAAAAUUUGGAGCUGACAUUAACAAAGCUCUUCUUGCCAAGAGAAAAAGAUUAGAAAUGUAUACCAAGGCUUCUUUCAAAACCAGUAACCAGAAAAUUGAACAUGUUUGGAAAACACAGCAGGAGCAAAGACAGAAGCUUAACCAAGAAUAUUCUCAGCAAUUUAUGACUCUGUUUCAGCAGUGGGAUAUAGAUUUGCAGAAAGCUGAGGAACAAGAAGAAAAACUAGCUAAUAUGUUUCGACAACAACAAAAGGUUUUUCAACAAUCUAGAAUUGUUCAGAAUCAGAGACUGAAAACAAUUAGACAACUAUAUGAGCAGUUCAUAAAGAGCUUGGAGGACUUGGAGAAGAAUCAUGAUAAUCUACUUACUGGUACACAAAGUGAACUUAAAAAAGAAAUGGCUAUGUUGCAAAAAAAAAUUAUGAUGGAAACUGUAAGUCAAUAUAUUUCAAAUUGAAAAAAUAAGGGUUGGUGUAAGCACUGAAAUAUUUUAUUUGCUGAAAUUGUAUAACACUUAACUAAAAAUUAAACAAAUGUUUAAUAUCUCCUUUCAUGAAACAGCAGCAGCAAGAGAUGGCAAGUGUUCGAAAGUCUCUUCAGUCCAUGUUAUUCUGAUGACUCUUUGAAGAAAGAACUUGAACCUAAGUAAUAUGAUACAAUUAUAACAUUAGCUAAAAGUCAUGUAAGUCUUUAGAGUAGUUCAGAAAUUCAAGUUUAAAUUAAAACAAGUUUAAUCAGUAGCUUAUUUAAGUGUAAGUCCUCCCUUCCUGCAAACUUCCAAAAAAAUUGCAACAGUUAUGUGAAGUACCAGCUAUUCCUAAAUUAUAUGUAUCAAGCUUUCAGCUCUGAAGUUGUAAUUGUGAAUUUUUCUAUCACUUUUAUUAGUAUUAAUAAAGAUACUGAAUUUA